AUGUUCCCAGAGAUAGCGGCCUUUUUCGGCCCUUCUGGCCGUUCCCUGACCUACCUACCUACUGGUCAAGUCAGAGACCCUUUUGCGUUCUGCCUUCCCCACUCUCUUCCCCACUCCCUUCCUGUUGCAGAACCGGAGGAUGGAAGUAACACCAACAGUGGUAACCCCACUGACGAUGGCGACAGCAGCAGCGACGAAGACGACGAUGGCACCGUCAGCAGCAGUAGAGGUGACUCCAAGCCAAAAGGUUUUGGAGCGACAGCAGCGGGAAAGGCCGCAGGCAAGGCAGCAGGGAAAAAGAGCAGUGGAAACCGAAAGGGGGGAGGGAAACGGGUGGGUUCCCUUCAGGGAGUUCCCAGGGGGGUGGCGUCUAGAGCACAAGCCGCCGACCCACGCAGGAGGAAUUUUGAGUCUGUGGCUAGAACAGGCGAGGUGGCCAGGGGAAGUGGAGGAAGCGGGGGUAUCGGGAUGAGCAGAGAGGAGGAGGAGAUGUGGGAGAAGAGUAAGGGGAUGGAUGGCGUUUCAGAUAUGGAUAGCCUUGCAGCACUCUGGUUUUUGGGUCUGCCCAUGCCAGGGAUCCCGGAUGGGAAGGGAGGGAUGAGGGUGCCUAGUGAUGCUGAGAUGUUCGUGCAUGUGUUUGUGAAAGGCUUAGCCAAGCGGCAGAUAGGGAUGAGUGAGGGCGGGAAAAGCAGCAGCAGUGAGAGUGGGAGGGAUGGUGAGAGCGGGGGUGAGAGAAACGGGGAGAAACUAGGCGAACUGUUAAAACUUUUCAAGAGCUCUGGGAGAGGGAAAGAUGGUGGUAUCGGAAGGGGAGAGGAGGGGAAGGGGGUCAUGGUGAUUGAGAGGAGGGAUGGUUCUUCUAAAGAAGUUGAUGUGGCAGAGGUUGAGGCAGAGCUUGCAGCUUAUCUUGACUCCGCUAGCAAGAAGGCUGCUGAAGGCCGCAGUGAGCAGAGAGACAUGGGCAUGGAGGCAGAGCGAAAAGCGCCAAGCCCUGGGAUCAAAGACGAGCCCUUGGAUGUGCAAGGCGCUAGCAACGAGGCAGACUAUAAGGGGUAUAACGAGGCAGGGGGAGACGAGGGGGAGUUGGCGGCUGGGUGGGAUUCGAGCCAGGAAGUGAGGGGUGAGAGGGAGGGGGAAAGCGAGCAGAGAGAGAGGCCAGGGGUUGAGUCUAGUUCGGGGGAGGUGGAAAGGAGAAGGGGAGAGGAGGAGGAGGAGAGAAUUGAGGGGUUUGUGCCAAGGGAGGCAGAAGAGAGUGAGGAAGAGGAUAACGCGGGGUGGAUUGCGAUAGAAAAGAUUAAUGAGGUGCGGAUUGGAGUGGAGGAAGGAGAGGCGGAUUCAGCAGAGGGGCUGUCAGAUGUGGAUCAAGGGAUGAGGAGAACGAGGGGAGAUAAUCCAAACGAGAGAGUGUUUGAAAGGACGAGAGAGAGAACGGAGACCUCUGAGUCUCCUGAACGAAUGAGCAAGGGAAGAGAGACCUUUGAGACGGCUCAAAAAGCAGCAGGGGGUAGACCAGAUGUGGAUGAAGGGAUGAGGAGGAGGGGAGAGGAUCUUGAGGCGCCUGUACGGGCGAGCGAGGGAAGAGAGACUUUAGUGGCACCUGAAAGAGUGAAUGAGAGUGGAAAGGUGAGACAAGAGGCGGAGAGGCAGAGCAAGGAGGAGGAGAAGAAGAGACUGGAAGAGCAGCAGAGGGUGGAGAGGAAGAGGGAGAGGAGGAGGGCGAGAAGGGUGAUGCUGCUGGCAGCUCAGCUUAAAGAGGCCUUGGAGAGGCAAGGCAAGGUGAUUCUUGAGACGCCUGAAAAGACUGCUCAGUUGAAAGAGGCAAUGGAGAGGCAAGGGGAGGGAAGGCAGGGGGCGAUAGGGCAGGGAGGAGAAGAGAACGUGUGGGAAGAUGGGGUGGGAGAGAGGAGAGAGGGGGAUGGUGAUGGGGGUGAGGGAGUGUUGGGUGAGGGGCGCAGGGAGGGACAGGAGGGAGAGAUGGGCGAAGGCAAGCGACAGAUGGGAGAAGGGGGAGAGAUGAGCGAAGGUGAAAGUGAGACUAGCGAGGAGUUGGAAGCGGUGAAGAUGGAAUAUGAAGGAGACAAAGUGGGGAAGGUGGAAGGAGGGGGGAAUGGUUUAGGAGCAGGAGGGAGUCUGGAUGUGGAGGAGUUGAGACUGGUGGAUUUGGGGCAGGUGGCGCUUCUGCUGGGGGCUAUUGAAGGGCUCAAGGAGGUUCGGGAUUUGCCGAAGCUGAUGAGCUGGCUCGGCGGUGUGUCGCAGGGGGAAGGCGGUGAGGUUGGUCGUGCUGAGGUGGAUCAGGCCAGUGAUGACGUGUCUCUGGGCAGUGCUGAGGUGUCGCAGGUGCUGUAUGAGCUGGCGAUUGCGGAGGAGAGUGAGAAAGCAUUAGCGCUGCUGAGAUGGAUGGAGGAGAGGAGGGAGAGGGAGUGGGAGGGGAUGAGUACGGAUCAACGGAGAAAUAUUGUGGAGGAGGAGAGAGCGAGAGAAGCGAGAAGCCUCGAAAGAGGGAUGCAACGGGGGGAAGAGGGAAUUGAGAGGAGGACGGCGAGUGGAGAAGAGAAUGGGGUGCCAGAAGAAAUUCAAGGAGGAGUGGUAAUUGGGGCGGUUUUGGGGGCACCUGAAAAUACCCAAGAGGGGGUGCUGUUUGGGCUGACGUCAAAUGCGUAUGGUGGUGUUAUAACGAUGCUGCUUCGCUUGGGGCGGGUGGAGGAGGGUGAAGCGAUGGUCAUGGGGACAGUGCGAGAGACGCAGGAGCAGCAUGAGAAGGGGCAGAAGGGGCAGAAUGGGCAGCAGGGGCAGCAGAAGCAGGAGUUAAAGCAGCAGCAGGAACAGUGGGAGAAAAUCCAUCCUCCCCCCAUCCCCAUUCCCCACCGUGUCUACUGCCAACUCAUUGGCGCUCUGGUUGGCACCGGCAAGGGCUUGCGAGCACUUGCUGUGUUUUCCAAAAUGAGGAAAGAGCAGGGCCAGGGUCAGAGCACCAGGCAGAGCAAGGGGCAGAGCAAGGGGCAGGGCAAGGGGCAGAGCAAAGGGCAAGGCAAGGGGAAUUGGAAGGGGGGCGGCACAGAGUGGGGGAAAGGUGGGGGAAAGGGGGGUUCCGAACGGGGUUAUAAGUGGGCGGACAAAGGGGCGAGGAAGGCGGGGGAAGGGCGGCCUUCUUUGGCGUUAUGCCACCUGGUGAUGAAGGGGUGCUUGAAGGAGGGCGGGCGGGCGGGAUUGGAGGGAUGUUACGCGAUGGUGGAGGAGAUGUAUGCGAUGGGCGGCAAAGUGAAACCCACUCCGCUCACUUUCUCCUUCCUGAUCCGUGCACUUCUGCAAGAGGGGGAGCUGAAGCGAGCACCUCGCGUGCUGCGCGAGAGGAUGCCGCGCAGAAACCUGGUUCCUCGCUUGGAGGACGUGCAUGCAGUCAUGAAGGCCCUGCUGGGGCAAGGCGAGGAGGCGGGAGUGGCCGAGGCGAUGAGGAUCAUGAAUGAGAUUCUGGGGGUGAAGGGGGAGGGGUGGAGGAGGGAGAGUACCUUACAGAUGGUCAAACCGAGCGAGCUCACCUUCCGCAUGCUCAUCCUCGGCCUGUGUCGCGAGCGCAACCCCAGCAAGGCCGUGUUCUACCUCACUUGCAUGAUGGACCGGGGACUGAUGCCCGACAGACAGCUCUUUCGCGCCUGCAUGCUCACACUCUCCGCUCUCGGCAUCACCCGCGAUGCAUUGGAGUUAUUUGAGCUGAUGCGCGGGACGAGGGCCACGCGGGCGCUGAUAGACGCGGACAUGUGCACGCUGCUGCUGGCGGCGCUGGGCAAGCGCGGGCUGGGGGUCGAGAUGAAGCGCGUGGCAUCACUCAUGCGGAAGAUGGCGAUCGCUCACAGUGGCGAGUCGUACGCGCAGCUGAUCAUGGGGUAUGCACGGGCGGGCAUGUGGGGCGAGAUGGCGAUCGCUCACAGUGGCGAGUCGUACGCGCAGCUGAUCAUGGGGUAUGCACGGGCGGGCAUGUGGGGCGAGGUGGAUGCUCUAGUGGCCGAGAUGGACGAGCAGCCUAGCCGAAACACAACUAUCGCCACCUCAGCUGCUGUUGCUGCUGAUUCCGCCUCCAUCUACGUUGGUGUUGAAGAGCUGGGGAUUGGAGUUGAGCCGACAGUGAGGGACAGCAUGGCGGUGUGCAAUGCGCUGAUGAUGGCGUAUGGGAGGGCGGGCAGGAUGGAGCAGAUGGAGAUGGUGGUCAAUCGGCUCCGGGUGCUGUCGCCAGAUGGCACGCUGCGACUGGAGUCGUACAACACUCUCCUGGAGGCCCUGGGGCUGGCGGGGUACUUCGACCAGGCCCUGGGCCUGGGGCUGGCAAGACUCCCAUUCUCCCCCCCCCCGUCUAUCCUGCUCAUAGACGUGAAAGGGCUAGUGGCAGCAGCACGAGCGCAAGGGCUCUCAUUCUCCCCCCCCGUCUACCGCAUGUUGAUAGACGUGCUCGGGAGGGGGGGACGACUGGGGGAGGCUCUACUGGUGCUGGAGGAGCUGAAGAGGGUGCACCCCGGGCAUGGCAACCUGUCUGCUUAUAAUACACUGCUUCUGGUGAGAAUCUUAAUUGUUGUAUGA